AUGGAAGGCAUUAUCGGCGGUGCCAUGCGUUACGGAGCUCGUCGAUUCGAUGAAUACUACCGAUGCUAUCCAGUGGCCAUGCUCCCCGGCCCAGAGCGAGAGAACGUCAAUCAUGGAGGAAAAGUCAUCAUGCCACCCAGUGCCCUAGAUAAAUUGACGCGACUACACAUUACAUAUCCUAUGUUGUUUGAGCUGCAUAAUGGCGCCAAGGAGAGAAUGACACAUGCUGGUGUUUUGGAGUUUAUUGCUGAAGAGGGAAAGAUAUAUCUGCCUUUUUGGUUGAUGCAAACGCUCCUCCUUGAGCCUGGCGAUCUGAUCCAGGUCAAAUCAACCGACCUUCCGCCUGGUCGAUUCAUCAAGCUUCAACCACAAUCAACAUCGUUCCUUGACAUCAGCGAUCCUAAAGCAGUUUUGGAAAACGCAUUCCGAAACUUCUCCUGCCUCACAAAAGGAGACGUGUUCACAUUCGCUUACAACGACCAAGUCUAUGAAAUCGCAGUCCUAGAUGCUAAGCCCGAGGGUGACAAGAAAGCUAUCUCGGUACUAGAAACAGAUCUAGAAGUUGACUUUGCGCCUCCUGUGGGAUACGAAGAACCAAAACGUCCCAGUGGUGUAAGCACGCCCGCCCAGGCUGGCACACCUCGUGGCGGUGUGGUGCAUUCUCAUGGAAGCAUGGCUCAGGCCAUCAACUACGCAGCUAUCGCCCCCGAAUCGGACGACGUGACGAAAGGAGCGAAAGCACAGUCAUCAAACUUUUUUUCCGGUGGACAUCGACUGAAUGCCAAGAAAAGCAGCAAAACACCUACCCCACAACCCAAUACGCCUGUUGCAGGAAGCUCAACAAAUCCUAAACAUCCGCCCCCAACACGGAAGACGAACGGCCCACAACCACUACGAUUGGGCCCGAAUAAGCUUUUCUUUGGCUAUGCCAUCAAACCAGCUCCAAAGCGUGAUGAGGAGGGCAAAGUCAUCGAAGAGGCAGACAACAAACCGAAGUUUCAAGGACAAGGUCAGACAUUGCGAGCGCGUAAGAAGGGCCUUGGAGGAGAUUCCGGCACGCCAACAUCGGGAAGUGAUGUCGAAGGUCGAAAGCGAUAG